AGUAAUUCUUGCUGCAGCGCCGCCCUCAGGCGAGGAGGGGUAAAGCAAACUCAGACCGGCUGAAUGCUGCAACCCCCAAUCGAACCGAGUCCAGCGGACUAUUAGGCUUUUUCUCCUGUGGGGGAUGAUGGGAGAUGCAGCUGGAUACACACACAUACACACACACUCUCUCUCUCUCUCUCUCUCUCUCUCUCUCUCUCUCUCUCUCUCCCCGUAUCUGGCACUGAAGUGAGGAGAGGUAAACAAAGGAGAAGAUCACAUUUGGUUCCUGAACUGUUGCAGCAGCUCAGCUCAGCCGCUCUCUCUCUCGCUCUCUCUCUCUCUCUCUCUCACACACACACACACACACACUCACAGAGCGCACAGGGUUAGUGUCAGGAGAACAUCCUGACAGUCCUGAACCGCUCUGGACUCACAUGUGUAGCAGUGACAGACAAGAAGAAGAAGAAGAAGAAGACGAGGAGGAGGAUAAGAGGAGUGUGGUGUUUGUUAAAUCCCUCAGAUCGAGGCUGAUGAUGGAGAACACAUAAAGGACGGUCGAGGGGGAAAAAACCUGCAGGGAGUGAGAGAAGAUGCUUCUGAGUAAAGUUUGUGGAUUUCUCUAGAGAGAGGGGGAAUUUCUUUUUCUUGAACUUUGAAGAGAAAUCAGCGAGGAGGCUCGACUGCGUCCAGACUGCAAAGACGGGGGAGAAGCCUGCUGAUUUUGGACAAAAAGGGCUUCCCUAGCAGCAUGGCGGCCUCCGACCCUGCCCCCUACCACCUGUCCCUCGUCUUCGUCCUCUUGUCCGUCCUCAUAGGGCAGCCCGCCCUCGCCCAGGACCCGUCCGUCACCACGAGCGUGGCCAAAAGUGACCCGUUCAUCGUCCCCACCACGCUCGCCAACCAGACAACCACUGGCUACGUGGAGACAACGCAGAACACUCCCCCAGAGACGGGCUUGUCCACGCCCGCAAGUGGCGGGGACGCCGACGACGAGGACUCCCCUCCGGCUGGUGGGACCCGUUGCCAGGGUUACUACGACGUGAUGGGCCAGUGGGACCCGCCGUUCAACUGCAACGCCGGCGUGUUCCUGUACUGCUGCGGCACGUGCUUCUACCGCUUCUGCUGCCAGUUCCGCCAGCAGCGGCUGGACCAGGGCAUCUGCUCCAACUACGACACGCCCAUCUGGGCCAACACCGGCAAACCCGUGGCCACCAUCACCGAGGGCCAGGGGGACCAGGAACGGGACCGCACUCACCUCAUCGUCUACAUCAUCUGUGGAGUGGUGGCCAUCAUGGUGCUGGUGGGCAUCUUCACCAAACUGGGCCUGGAGAAAAGUCGAGGGGGAAGCGGUGGAGGAGGAGGAGCAGGAGGAGGAGCAGGGGCGGGGCAUGCCGACCUCAACUCCAGGACACUGACAGAUCUGCUGAAGCAGCAGGGAGGUGAAGUGAGCUCCGUGGAAAGCGCCACGGCCAGUUCGCCCAGCGGAGGAAGAGCCAAUGGCAUCUCAGCCAGGAUGCUGCGCAGCAGGAGCGAACAGUACCAUCUGAAUAAUUCUCCUCAUGGGCCUUUUGGACCAGGGCUUCCACGGCCACACAGCAACCACAACAACGUGGGAAUGAACAAGUACACCUCCCUCAAAGCUGUGGCGGACGGUGCAUCUAGCAGCUACUACAAGAGCUUCCCACUCAUGGAUUUCUCUCACUACCAACCUGUGGCGCCCCCUGCCUUCCAGCCUGUACCAGUGCAGCCCAAAGACAAGUCCUACAUCCACCAGUCCCUGCCAGCACAGCACGACCUCCAUGGCCCCCUGUCCAUCUCUAUCCCCUCUAGCUAUCUGGAGCAUUCGCAUCUCCCCAAGACCACCACACACCCGCUCCUCUCCAGCUCAGCCUUCAAGGCCUGGGAGCCAACGGCCCGUCAUGUCCACAGGCAGACCUCUGUCCCGGGACAAACCUCGUCCUCUUCUCUGCAUAGCUCCACAAGGAGACAUGGCUACUCAACCAGGAGGCACGAGAGUAUAGAGAACAUGCCGGAUCUCUUCUGCCAGCCCUAUGAAGGGAUGUAUGGUGGAGCUGGAGGCGCAGCAGGACAGGGACAGGGACAGCAUGUCCACAUGCAACACCAAUCUCAAACCCCCCAUUACCACCACCCUAGGCAGAAGAGCUACUCCACCCACAGUGCGACUGAGGUGACCGUUUGAGCCCCAGUGCCUCAGAGAGCAGCCUGCUGCAAAUACGCAUGAAUGAGUGGACUUUGGUGUUAGCUCCAUGUCAGAGUUUGGGGCAGUUGGCCCAAGAUGUGAGGGAUAUGAAGUGGGGAGGCACAUUGUGACCAAUGUGUGAGAAACAGAGUUAGAUUAAGGAGGAAAAGAGUCUAAACAGAACCACAACUCUGAAAGAUUUAUGGACUCAGGUUGUAAAGAUCAUUAUUGGACAUAUAAAGUAUACAGACUCUACAUGAAGGGAAAUCUAACCAAGGUUGCUCUCAGGUUCCUAAGGGUCUAACAGCCUUCAGAGAUUCUCGCAUGCCACAGUUUUGAUGCAGCAGUGUAGUCUCAGAGUGGUUCAUUUGUACGGAUUGGAGAACAUAACGACAAAAGUCAUAUAUGUAUCAUGCAAAGGUUUUUCGGUUUCAGGUCAUGUGUGUUAGGUUGCGUUUAGGUUCAGUAUGUCUUAAUUAACAAAUACUCAUGGUUUGUUUGGUAAAAAAAAAAAACGAUUCCAUACUAAGCCUGAGACGGAAAAAACGGACUCGAGAAGAAGUAGAAAAAUUUGAUUUGACGUAAACAUGGUUUAUUAUCCUUCAUAUUGCAUUUCUUUAGUUUAUCUGUGGGGAGGAAAAUUAUAACUCUGGACUUAUUUGUUUAUUGAAUCUAAACAGUCAUUUUUAACAUUUGGAUAUGGCAACAACAUCUUGGGAGGUAACUUUUUUUUUACUACUCUACUACUAUUUAUUUCCAUAUGCAAACAUACAGAGAACAAAUACACAACGAUCACAAAGCAAAUGUUUUCACUCCACCUUGAUCUUCAAAUCCAAAUAUCUUGGGAGGUUAAAGGUGCUGAAAGAUUGACACAACUCUCACAUCCAUAUGCUACCAAGCAGCCAAUUAGCUUAGCAUUAGGUAUAGACUUAUCAAAUGAGAUAAAAAUGCAUUGAUUAGGUCAUUCGGUGGAUUUUCUUACCAUAUACCCCAAAUAUUGAGCUCUGGAAGUAACGGCAACUUUAAAAUACUGUGGUGUAUAUAGGCCGAGCAAAGUCAGCUACGGACUUGCGGACCACCAGAGGAAGCUCGCGUACCACUGGUGGUGCACGUUCCUCAGUUUGAGAACCAUGGCCUUAAAGAACUGGCCGUUAUGCCUAUGCUUCAAGACACUACGUUGUGGUGCCUUCAAAUGUGGCUGUGUUUCUUGCUUUUGCUGCGUUUGACAUCGUGAGUUGAAAAAUGUGACGUUUUUCCCCCAAAAGAUGGGACAGUUACGGUUCAUUUUUCAAUUAAAUUAAUAUAUUAUAACUUUAAUAAUUUCGGAAUUGAGUCCAGAAUAGUUAACUGCACAGAGACUGGCACUGCCAGUGUUCUCAAGCGUUAAAACAUUUUAAUGCCAAGGUCAUAUCGAUCUUCUCACUUCACUCCCGAGUGAUUCAUCUCUAUUGUAAUAACACAGCAUUCCAUUCAAAAUUAAUUUAUUUUAUGAAAUCUUUGGUGACAGAAUUGGGGGGAAAAGUAUAUCGUCCAUUAAGGAACUAAUCAAUGUUACAUCUCUGAGAAGUAAAACUAGAAUAGUGAAGUUAGAUGUGGUUAAUCUAUAUCACAUAUGAUUUGUAGGCUACAUGUAACCAUACAUCAUCUCAAGGUAACAGUUCAGGUCAUUUCCAGGCUCCAGAGAUGCCUUUAGAUGCCACAGAUCCACUCUGUUGGAUCUCCUCAAGUCUGCUCCUGCUCCUGCUUCGCUCCUCGUUCUGUUUCCGUCCCCGCUCGUCCACUCUCACCCACGUUCCACAAUGCAGCGUUUUUGCAUUCUGUGCCAUCAGGCCAAGCAUAUAGGGACAACAUCCUCGGGGGUCACAUUAACUGUGCGAUGAGGACAAUGCCACCAACAUGUCAGCUCCCAUCAGCCUCCAUCCCAACCCAUAGAGAUGGAGAGGAGGAAGGAGGAAAGAGGGGUAAAGACCCAGAGGCUGGAGCUCUACACAAAAGAAGAGAAAAGAGAGGAGGAAAAUAGACAAACCAACAAACAUGUCCACAUGUUUUCCUUCCUCAGGCGACGGAAAUAGGAAGGAGUCACUGUGGAUGUGGGUCUCUUUACUACUGAGCUGUCCAGGUCAGAACUUAGAAAGUGUGGACGCCUGUGUGUAAUUUCUAACCCCCAGGCUCCAUUACUGGAGAGUUCACCGAGGCAUUUCUAGUCCUGGAGCGUUUAACAUUUCUUGUUUUGUCUUCAAAGCCUGGACAGCAAAGGACAGUGUGCAGAGCUGCGGCUGUGAACAGGCGACACUUCUCAGUGUAGUUGUAGGUGAAGUGUUACGUCUGCAGCACUCCCCCCCUCAGGGGGACUGCACGGUGGAGUGAACCGUUAACAACGAGUGCACGUGUCCACGAGUGCUUGAUAUUUGUUGCCCCCGAAAGAGCCCAGAGGAUUUUUAUGACACAGUACUGUGGAUUUGGUUUAAAGUGUGAAGUGGUUUUUCGGCGGCAGAUUACAGGAGGAAUAAAGAUCGAUACAGUGAAACAGAGCAGAAAACAAGAGCGGUGGCGAAAAUGGUCAAUACAACAGAUAAGGGCUGAAUAAGACGCCACGUACACAGCUUAACAGCACUUAUCCCUUUUACCCCUUUUUACAGACAAUAUCUGUGGAAACAGCCAUCGUUACUACUGUAUGUUCUCAUUCUUUUGUCGAGAUCACAGACUAUAUCUCGUUAUCACAGGAUAACAAGGCUCAUUUUUGCGUGAUAACAAAUAAUUAAAAAGUUGUAUCCUUUUUACCAAUAUUUUUUCAUCGGAGUUGAGAAACAGCAGCAGCAUGUAGGCUCCGUCACCUUCCAGUAGUUGAAAAUGUCACAAAAUGGAGAAUCUACUGAUCAGUGCAUUAGGCUGUACUUCAGUCAAAGGUCAGAAGUGGGAAUUUUCAACUUCCUAGUCAGAAAUUUCAACUGGAACAGCCCCUCAAGGUCGGAUUUCCGACUUGAAAACCCGGAGCAACCUCACAAACCUAGCAUUUCAAGAUGGCUGACACUGGUGUCAAUAGUAAAAACACUACUGCUACUUUUACCUAAAAGUUCACUUGGCCUGAAUUUUUUUUCCAGUUUAGUCGCAAGAGCGUGUGCAAAAUACUGCGUUAUAGCUUACGACUGCUACCGCUAACAAUGGCUAGCCUAAGAUACGUUUGUGUCCGUGUUUUUUAUCAGACUUCAACUGGAACCUGGCGCCAGUCCCAGUUCGGACUUAUCUCACCAUCGCGAGAUAAUGCAUUACUCGUUAAAGUCUUGUUAUCGUAAAGAUGAUUAUGCCGUGAUCUCAAGAUAACAGAAUGAAAAAAAUAUAUUAAGCCAACCCCACACUAGAGGAUAACUGGCCAGGUUUUGGUCUCAAUCUGGCCCUUACAACAAUUGUGGGUGUCUUCCGAUUUUAGGCUGAUGUGAACAAAUUAUCUGUAGUCUGAGGGAUUAACAGACACGAUUUUAACGUCAUCAGACACAUCAGAGUCUUCCAGAUUUCAAAUCAUAAUCGUAUUAAACGUGUUUGAUAUUAACGACUCAACAGCGAUUGGGGGCGUGAGCAGAAUCCCCCGAUAACCAAUGAGAGCGAGUUUUUUUUUUUUGCGUUUCUCAGCACAAAACAUGCUGAUAACACCGACAGUCCAUUUACAGUAUAUUCUGAAGUCCUGUUAAAUCACGCGAGUUUCUGUGAGACUGGAUCGUCUAGCCUGUGCUUUCUCAGGAUUAAAACAUUUAAAAUCGCUUACAAAGUUCAUUCGGUCUGUGGUCUCUCAUGUUUUUUUAAACUCAAGUCAGAUUUGAAAAUCCGCCAGUGUGGGGCAGGCUUUUGCGACCAUGCUCACUCUUGACUUUUGUACAGAAACAAAAAAAUAAGAUUAUUUUAGUCGUUUGGUCCAUAAAAGGUAAAAAAAAAACGUUAAAACUCGAUGACCCCAAAUGUCAUGAUUUGUCCACAAACCAAAGAUAUGCAUUUUUAUGAAGCAAAGCAACUAAAAAUAAUCACAUUUAAGAAGCUUAAAUCAACCACAACCAAUAAAUCAAGACCCAAGAAGAGCUGUAUAUUGAUUUACAUAGAGUUUAAAAUGUUGAAGGUUGAGACAGGGCACAAAAAUCUGAUUUCAGAAGCAAUAGAUUUAGCAGAGAACGAGUGUGUCCGAGGUUUGUCAUGGUAUGAAACCUUUCUUCACAGCGUCCAUCUCUUCUUUCUACAUAUUCUCAUACAGUAGGUUUAGCGUGAAAAUUUGUCAUCUUUUUGUACAUUUUUAAUCCAGUGCAUUUGAACACGGUUUCAUGUCGUGUGAAAAACCAUCGUCUUCUACUUUAUUUAAGAAUAUAUAUGUGUAAAUAUGCUUAUUUAACGGAAUUUCCUACAUAUAUUUUUUAGUUAAAUAAGGGCUGUACAAAAUUAUGGUUAUGAGUAUUUAUUGAUAUAACAGCAGUUAACAGAAUCUAUUAUUUCACGAUGAUGAUUUUUAGACAUGAAAACACAAAACUUGACUAGAGAGAUCUUUAUUAGUUUUCUAACGUGCACUAGAGGAGAGUUUUCACAUCCGUAGCAAAAACAAAGUGACACAAAUUGACUGUAGCGUAGGACAGAGCCAGUAGUGAAUACAGUGAGUGCAUUAAAAUGUUUUUUUUGUGCCAAGUAAAAUGAGGAGAAAAUCAUUCCAUGUUGUCACAGUGAGCCUCAGCUGGUUUGAUGUGUAAAUGCACAAAUACAAACACAGUAGCCAAGUAAAUCCAGUGUUUUGGUGUAAUAUUCAGUAGGGCUGCAACCAAGGGUUAUUUUCAUAAAUUAUUAUCAAUUAGUCGUUAGGUCCAUGAUUUCUGAAUAGUCUGACAACUUGUUUUAGCCUUGAACAGAUUAAUCGGUUAUCAAAAUAGUUGACAGUUAGUGAAAUAAUUGAUUUAUCGUUGCAGCCCUAGUAUUCGGUAUGUAGCAAAAAAACAAACAUGUAUAUACGGUAUGUACCUGUGCUUCUUAUUACAGAACUCAUUUGUACCCAAAAUGUUCUCAAGCUGUUCUUCACAAGAGGAUUGUUUUUUGAGUUAUCGG